UAUUGUGUCAGUUAGGAUAGCUUCAGCACUGCUGGACUGUAUUGCUUUCCAUAUAGACUUGGAAAUUAGGCGCCAGGGGUUGCACGUCCUUGUUCUGGAAGACCGCGAGUUCCCGCCUAGAGCUGUAGGAGUGUGCAAACUGCAUUUUACGCGGGAUUGCUUCUCCAACGCAAUGGAGGUGGAAAUGGGCUUCUCCAAACAACUUCAGCUGAGCGACGCAGUGCCAAACACUGCUCCUCCUGCAUGGACUCCACCACCUCAGCGGCGUCUUGAGAUGACCUGGCCAGCCAAUCAGUGGACCAUGAGAGUGUGCUGAUGGUCAAAGCCACAGUGUUUCUACCAGAGCUAGAGAGGGAGUGGAGGACAGGAGCAGAGGAAGAGGGAAAGGCAGAAGAGGAGAGCAGAGGAAUGGGUGUUGGUAAAAACACCACCUCCAAAUCCAUGGACUCCACAACAGAGCCUGGCAAAUAUGAGGAGGAGAGCAAACACAGUGCACACUUCUACCCCAUCCCAGUUGUUAAUGGUGUUGCUCAGACCCCUGGAGAUCAAGACACAGAGGACACUGAGCUCAUGGCCAUUUACGCCAAAGACAGCCAGACAGAGGACAAGUGCUCCAUAUCAGAGACGGAGGACAGUGCAUACAGCGUAGACGCCACGAGAAUGGAUAUGAUAUACACCAUAGAGGACACGCCACCUUGGUACCUGUGUGUGUUCCUGGGUUUACAGCACUACCUUACCUGCUUCAGUGGAACUAUCGCUGUGCCCUUCCUGCUGGCAGAGGCCAUGUGUGUGGGUUAUGACCCGUGGGUCACCAGUCAGCUGAUCGGCACCAUUUUCUUCUGUGUGGGCAUCACCACUCUGCUGCAGACCACCCUCGGCUGUCGGCUUCCAUUAUUUCAAGCAAGUGCUUUUGCAUUUCUCGCACCAGCAAGAGCCAUUCUUUCACUGGAUAAAUGGAAGUGUAACACAACAGCUUUUACUGUAUUAAAUGGCACAGAGCUGCAUCACACAGAAGACAUCUGGUAUCCCAGGAUACGAGAGAUCCAGGGUGCUAUCAUAGUCUCCUCUAUGAUAGAGGUGGCCAUAGGGGCCUUAGGUUUGCCAGGUGUCUUGUUGAAGUACAUUGGUCCACUCACCAUCACCCCAACUGUCACUCUGAUUGGCCUUUCUGGCUUCCAGGCGGCUGGAGAGAGGGCGGGCAAACACUGGGGCAUCGCCAUGCUAACCAUAUUCCUGGUGCUGCUGUUCUCUCAGUAUGCACGUAACAUCCAGUUGCCACUCCCCAUUUACAAAUCCAAGAAGGGCUGGACUUCUUACCGCCUGCAGCUGUUCAAGAUGUUUCCCAUCAUCAUGGCGAUCUUGGUGUCUUGGUUUCUGUGUUUCAUCUUUACGGUGACAGAUGUGUUUCCUCCUGAGAAAGACAAGUACGGGUUCUAUGCACGCACAGACGCCCGACCGGGCAUUUUGGCAGCCGCCCCCUGGUUCAAGAUACCCUACCCCUUCCAAUGGGGGCUGCCCACAGUGACCGCAGCAGGGGUGAUUGGCAUGCUCAGUGCUGUGGUUGCCAGUAUCAUAGAGUCCAUUGGAGACUACUACGCAUGUGCCCGUCUCUCCUGUGCCCCUCCACCACCUAUACAUGCCAUUAACAGAGGGAUCUUUAUAGAGGGUCUUUCCUGUGUUCUUGAUGGUGUCUUUGGGACAGGGAAUGGCUCCACAUCUUCCAGCCCAAACAUCGGUGUACUGGGCAUCACAAAAGUGGGCAGUAGGCGGGUCAUUCAAUAUGGUGCAGCUCUGAUGCUGUUACUGGGAAUGGUGGGUAAAUUCAGCGCUCUUUUCGCUUCAUUGCCGGACCCAGUUCUGGGAGCGCUGUUCUGCACAUUGUUUGGCAUGAUCACCGCCGUUGGCCUUUCCAACCUGCAAUUUGUGGACCUCAACUCUUCCCGCAACCUGUUUGUCCUUGGCUUCUCCAUUUUCUUUGGCCUGGUCCUGCCCAGCUACCUCAAAGAUAAUCCCCUAGUCACCGGUGUAGUGCAGAUGGACCAGGUGCUGAAUGUUCUCCUUACAACUGCCAUGUUCGUUGGAGGUUCUGUGGCAUUUGUGUUAGACAAUACUAUUCCUGGCACUCCAGAGGAAAGGGGGAUCCGUAAGAUGAAUCGUGGAAGCAGCAGAUCUAAACGGGACGGAAUGGAAUCUUACGACCUUCCUUUUGGUAUGAACUUCCUGCGCCGCCAUCGCAUCUUCCAGUACGUCCCAAUCAGCCCCACUUUCACGGGCUACCAAUGGAGUGUUCUCACCCAUAGCUGCCAUGAGCGGAGCAAAAGGAGAGAGGAUGACAUUCCAGCAAAACCAGAACUGGGAGAUAGUGGGGUAUAGUUUUAGCCCCAGUAGAUUUUAGGUGGGAGAUAUAAUGGUCACUGCAAAACUUUCAUUUCUACCCAGUAGGUUAAACCCCAGGCCACUGCUGUUUUAGUUCUUUAGUAAACAGACAACUACAGUUUUCUUCCCACAGUCCUUUAAAAACUCUGGAACUUUUGGUCAACUCAAGAGGUUGCCAACACUAAGGUUUUUUUUCUAGCUGUUGAAAAGACUGUUGCUAAUACUUUGACUGCACAACAGCUUGAAAUUUUAUUUUAAGGUGUCUCCAUGACAACACUGAAUAGAUGCAAUUCGGGUAGCACUAGUUUAUCUAUUUAUUUGUGUGUGUGGUAGGACAGGAGAACAGAGACUGAUCGAUGAAAAUUAUAUUAUAAAAUCUACCAACUUUGAGACAUCAGUGUUCCUUUUUUAGUGGACCUGCACUGUGCUGAUUGGAUAUGCUACAAUUGGAAUUUACAAGUACGAAUGAAUAUUGACCACUGUCUUACAUAUGGAAGUAUUUUAAUGACAAAUGCCUUUAAAAAAAAAGUACACUGAAUUGCACUUCAUGAAAAAUAAAUGCAUUACAUUAACAGUGCAAUGCAAUUUUAUAUGGUUGUGUAUAUAGGGAUGUCCCGAUACCAUUUUUUGGAAUACGAGUACUUUUUUGCCAGAUUUUAUUUUUUAUUAAUUCCAUAUCAAUGGUUUCAUUUUUAUCAUUAUGCAUUCAUUAAAACUUUAAACAAAAUGUUUUAUUUGUUUUUAUCAAAUAAAGUGCUUUUAUACAGAACCUCAGAGCACAAUCCAAAAUAUUUAUUAUUUUUGUCAAAUAAAGCGCUGCUUAACAGGGCAUCAUGGAUGUGAGAUAUUGCUUAAAUAUAUUACAUUUACUAUUGAUUUAUUAUUAGUAGUAUCACAGUGAUUAUUACAUAGCAAUACAGUAGUGAUCUAUUUCGUUUGUAUGUUUUUCGCUUUAAAUUGAGCUUUUAUUUUGGCUGAGCUUUUAUUUUGAACCGUUUCUAUGUUACAACGGUAGCUUCUCAAUCUGGUCAAACUGGUCGCUGCGUGACUCAAAGUGAUUAUUAAACCGAAAACGGCUGCUAUUUAAUUAAAUAUGUAGUCUGUAUGUGCCUCAUGCUAAAAAGUGAAUUAGCGCUCUGCUCGCUAUCAUCUGCUACAAACAAGGAGCGCGGUGCUCGUUAAUGUGUUUUCCAUGUCAGUCAAGGAUCUCUAAAAGGGAUGAGCACUUUGUGUCUACAUGCCAGCUUUUGCAAUUUAAUAUUCCCACUAGGACAUAACGUGAUUUUAAUUGUGCGCUGAAUGUUUGCAGAAUUACAUUCGUACGUCAGAUGGUAUUGGUUUUUAGUAUCGAAGCAUUUUUACGAGCACCAAUACAAGUAUAUCUGCACGGUGUCUGACCCAAUUCCGAUACCAUUAUCGAUAUCGGGAUAGUUGUAUAUUUGAAUUGGGGAAAAAAUGUGCGUGCCGAUGCAUAAAGUUAACUGAAUAUGAAUUUGGAAGGUCAAUAUUUAUGAUUGAAUUUUUAAUGAUGAAAUAUUGUGACAUGUUUUCAAUUGAAAUAUUCAUAGUUUCGAUAUACAACCAAAUGAAAUUGCAUCCCUAAAGAAAUGCAAAAGCACUGAUUAUUUUUCUAAUUCACAAUGCUUUUUUUUUUCUUCAAAGACAUUUGUCAUUAAAAUACUUCCAUACUCACACCUCCACAUUAUCAAGUGUGCACACAAACACAUGCUCACACUUGCUUAAUGCACAUCACUGGCUGGGAUCCUAUUAAUGCAAGCAGCUUAUUAAAGUUAAAUUGUAAUGCAAGGUUAAUGUGCUUUAUGUUUGAAUUGCACUGCUUGUUAAAGCAAGAAUUAACGCACAAAAUGAAGUCAAACCUACUUUGCUCGUUCCUAAUUUAACUUCCAGUGUCUUGCUUCCAAAAAUCAAACUUUGUUGUGUCCAAGUACCUAGAUUAUGUCCAUAUGUCUUAAAAUAUGGAAAAUUAUUUACUUAUACAAAAUGUAUGUAAUUUGUUUUAUGCAGGAAUGACGUAGUAAAUGGAAAUAGUUCUUUUUAUCGAUUAGUGCUGCUAUUUUGAUAAAUGGCUAAUGUUGACUGAGUGCAAAAUGGCAUUUUAAUACUGAAGUUAAGAAAGAUAUCACCUGGUUAUACAUUUUUCUUAUCAGCAGUAAGAAAUGUAAUUUCUGCCACUUCAAAAUGCAGAUGUUCCACAGGAAUGCAAAAGGCUGAAUGAUGAUAGCUAUGCAGCAGGUUAAACAAUAUGAAAAAGCAAUGAAUGUAUAAUCGGCGUAUGGUUUGCAAAAGAAGGUAGACUGGAAGAGAAGGAAAGAAUAGCUUGAAAAGCUCCAUUUAUGGACUAUUUUCAAACCACAUGGAUCUUCCAUCUGUAUAAUCCUGUCCAGUACGCCAAGUUUCUGAUCUGUCCUUCAAUUGAUAAAGGUGACACUGCUCAUAUGUGGUAGUUUGUGGGCACAGAGAGGAAAAGAAUGUUGGCGAUGGGCAUUUUGUGACUUGCUCUCCAACUGUACAAAUCCUAUUAUACAGCAUUAGCACAAUCUAUUCUUAAUUUUUUUUCUAUUACUAUUUUCUCAUGUUUUGUUUACAGGCUUUUUAUGUGGCUUUUAUUAAAAACAUCUGUACAAAAACAAUGCUAAUAUGUACAAUAUCAGCAAUUGUUAAAACGCCUUCAAAUUCCAUAGAAGAUUUCAGUCAGCUACUUUUAAACGGACUGCUGUUUGAUGACAUCAGGGGGUGUGAAUGAGCCAAAUAUGUGCAAAAGUUUCAAUUAUGUGCAUAAGUGCUUUGAUAACCUUAGAUUUUCACAGCACUUAUAAUCUACUUAUGCCACCUGAUGGUUAUAUCUGUACCAGAGGCUUACACCCUCAGACUUAAUCCUCUUGGGAUGCAGUUUCUUUUUAUUUAUGUAUUUAUUUAUUUAUUUAUAUGUAGUAUGUCUACUAACUUUGUAUACAUUCUUUUGCUGCCUGCACAGCUUGGAAAAAAAAAGAAAAAGAAAAAAUAGCUCAUUUAAUCUGUUAGAUUAUGCUUGCCAGCUUGAUGGAAUGAGAAAUUGCAAUUUUAUAUGAACACAGUUCCAAGAUUUGCAACAUACCUGGUGCUUCCUAAUUGUGUCAUUCCGAGAAAUGUUUGCGAUAUUUUAUUUCUUUCCAUAAAAUGCAUUCUCUCUCAUUCUAUCUGACCUGUAAUGCAGCCUUCGGAACUAAUUAGCCAGUUUUUGGUUUAUUUUGUAUUUGUUUCUAACAGAAAAUUUUAUUAAUGCAAGGACCAUUUUACUUGGUAACUCAGUGUUAUGCCUGUUGUUUUGUUUUCAGCCUUAUUUUCAGAUUUUUACAAAGGUUCUGCGAUCUUAUGUCGUAGAAUAUUGGGAGAGUGUACUCUUAAGUAAUAGUAUUUGGGACCUGAAAAGCCAGAUCUGAGAUAUGGUGCUGUACACAAGGUGAUGGUAAAUCACUUAUUGUUAACUGGAACUUGCAACAGGGUGCUGCAGUAUUGAGUAGAAUCAGAUGUACAAUCCAGUUCACUCAAAGUCAAUACAUGCAUUUGAUACUGUAAGCAUUGGAGGUAGUCAAAAAUCAAUGACUACUAGUACAUUUUGUUCCCAAAAUGAAUCCUAUUUUACAACAAUCAGCACUCCUGAGUGUAAUUAAUUGUCUGAGAUGCUUUAUCCAAAGUAAAAGCAACUAAGAAAGCCACCCAUCUCUCAGCAUCUAUAGUGCUUGCCAGUGUGUCAGUCCUAAUCUAACAAUUUGCUCCCCUCAAACUGUUUAUUAUGUUAUUGAAUGCAGAAUAUGACUCAAAUGGACCUUCUAAUGAAGACCUCUCACUUCCUGUGCCAUUUUAUUAUCAAAGUUGAUUUUAUUGACCAAUUUUUAGCAUCUGUCUUUGCCCCAAAUUCACAAUUAUUAGGGCUUAAUGCUUUAUUGAUGCUAAAUAUGGUUUUGAUAAGAGAAUAUUGUGGUAUAACAAGAUGAUUGGAUGAAACUCAGUAUCCGCUUGGAUUAAGAAAGGUUGUGAUUGGUCUUAAUAACAUGGUUGAAGAGAGUUUAAUAAAAAAAAAGAAAAGCCCUUCAGUUUUUUGAGGGGGACAUAUCUGAAGAAUAUACUUAGUCUAUCUGAAAUGUACAAUAUCUUUUCAAAUAUGUUUAUUCUUGUUUUUUUAUACAUUAUUUUGUGUUUUUACAGACAAAAGAUGUUUAUAAAAAAAGAACGCAUAUAAUCUUGAAUCAUCAUGCUGCAGAUCGCACCAUUUUGUUAAAUUUUUAUUUGAGUAAAUCUAAUUCUCUCUUCUUCUUUUGUCUUUUUUAAAUCCAUAGUUUUGUUAGCUAGAUCUUUUUCAUAUUGUAUUUUUCUAACAUUGCUUCCUGUUCAUGUUAAUAGUAGUAUAAAUUGACAAAGAGGUGAAAUUAUAAAUCUAUGAAUAUAUAUGUAUAUAUGUAUUGAAUUAAGUACAGAUUGUGCUAUAUUCCUGUUAGUAGCAACAGCAGAAAUUGUUCCUUGUUCCUAAAAAUAUUUAAUAAAAUGUU